AUGACCGCGGCCUUGCCGGGAGGUCAAACACAGCGCCGGCCAGAUUUAGUUGAACCGGCCAACAAUCUGCCUCAAACAGGUCUAUAUCCCGGGAUGACAAGUGCCCCUAGCAUGCGGCGACGAGAAUUCCAAUCCAUAACGGCGGAGCUUGUCGCAUUACUUCCCCCUCGUGAAGUAGCAGCCUUACUGGUGGACACGUACUUUGACCGGAUUCACUGGUUCAUGCUUAUAUUCCAUCAAGACGAUUUCCGCCAAACCUGGCAGCAGCUUUAUGAUGAACAGCCCGCAGGGCCUCAUCCCGGCCCUGGAUUCACCAGCGUGUUUCUCGUUGUUAUCGCCAUUGCAUUGCAAUAUACUGGAGACCACCGGAAACAACUGCUGCAGACCUACAAUAUCGAUCCCACGGCCCAGAGGCACAAAAUUCUGUCCUUCAUUAGAGCCAAGCUCUUGGAUAUUGUCUCACUGGGUUCACUAGAGGCAGUCCAAACCUGUAUCUUGUUGGGAACGUACUAUCUCUACCACGGGAACCCGGGCCUGGCAUGGCCAGUCUGUGGCUGUGGGCUACGCAUAGCGCAGGCUCUGAAUCUACACCGCAAGUCAUAUACCACAGGUCCCAUAUCUCCUGCAAUGUCUCGGCAAUACGAAACACGGAAACGGUGUUGGUGGGCCAUCUACGAGAUCGAGACCUUUUGCUCCAUGUCCUACGGUUACCCCCACGGCAUCAAAGAUGCGGACUGUGACGUGGAACUAUUAGACCCCCUGGCAAAAUUCGCGACCAGCCAGCCAACUGUAUCUUUUGACGCCGCAAACCAAUGUCCCGCCAGCCUUUUGUCUUACAAGUGCCUCAUGUCGAAGCUUUCUGUUAUCAUAAAGGAUAUCCUGACCGGCCUCUACGGCCGUGGAUCAUGUCCAGGGACCACCCAGAGAGGGAGACUGGACUCGAAAUCUAGUCUACACAGUCUUAUUAGGAAAGUAUCCGGCCUUGAUAUACGUCUGCAGAAAUGGAAGGAAGAGAUUCACUCCCCACUGCAUCUCGAUGACGCCAGAACAUCCUCUGCGACGUACACAUCCGCAGAGGGAAUGGAUCGAGACAUUGGUGCUUCAGGACCUGAAUUUGAGAAUCAUAUCUAUCGGCUUCAGGCUCUUGCUCUCGAAUUUGCCUAUGAGAACGCGAGGAUCCUUGUUCACCGUCCCCUUCUCAGUUUCAAAACCAUUUCCCGAGGAGAUCCAGACCUUGACGACGAUAGCGAAGUCUCAACUCGAAAUCCUCUUCAGCUGUCUCUCCAAGCUUGUCGUGAUGCAGCUCUGAGAACAUCUGAAAUCGGCGCAAACUCUAUCUUUUCUCUCGCGGCUGAUACGUACGCCGCGGCCUUUCUCGGCAUCCAUACCUUCACCGCUGGCGUAAUGCUGUGCAUCUUGGCCAGUAUCGAGCCGCUUAGCCCUCAUUCAUACCAGACCAAAAUGGGGCUACGGAAAUUACUGAGAAUGCAAGUACAUUUGAAGGCCAGAUCAAAAUCCGCUCUCGCGGCGCAGGGACUCGACAUACUUGAGCGACUGACCAAACUGGUCAUGGAAAAAGAGUUAAAGGAGAUGCUCACAUGCUCGGGGAAUGAAGUGUCCGCUCAAGCUCAGGAUUUAGACAUCGGGCACCUCCAAUCGUCUCAAAAUGUGACCGAGACCGUGGGUGAUCAAGCAUUUGGCCUGGCGGAGGCAUCAACAACAGAUGCGACAAUGUUCAACUACAUUGAAGACCCUACUAUGUCGCAGGCUCUAUGUGAUUUUGACCGAGUUCUAUCUGAUCAAGGCUUGGAUGCACCCCCCGAGCCACUUUUUCCUGACCUGUUCGGGCCAGGCAGUAUCACACAGGAACAGGCAUGGAUCUGGGGUGUUAACAGUCUGGCUCAGUUUCCGGAUGUGGGAACCCAGGACCUCCCAGCGGAUAUCGCUUUCAAUGGCAGUGCGACGUAG